GAGGGUAUACAUCUCCAGCUCCCGCUUCCACGGUUGUUGAGCUACUCCAAAACUGGAGGAUUUUGCUGUCUCGGGGAAUUGCUAAGAAUUAAGCUAUUACUGGUGUCACUCACUGACAAUGGAAGAAAUGAAGAAGACUGGUGUCCGGAUGCCCAAAAGCAGGCAAAAACCAAUAAAGACGGAGUGGAACUCCCGGUGUGUCCUUUUCACCUACUUCCAAGGGGACAUCAGCAGUGUGGUGGAUGAGCACUUCUCCAGAGCUCUGAGUAACCUCAAGAAGCCCCAGGAAUUGAGUUCCUCAAGCCACAGGGAAAAUGUGAUCCUCAAGAAUGAUAGCAGCAUGCCCCCGAAUCAGUGGCGUCUCUCUUCUUCGACAAAGCCACAGCCAGAAGCAUCUCCUGCAAAUGGAGCCAGUAGCAGCAGCAUGGAUGGAUAUGGUCCUAAGGCUAUGGACCAGCACUCGCUGUCCAUGCCCAAGCUGCCCAAGCUUCCCUCUGCACAUCCUCAGGAGCUAUGGCAACUCUCCUCCCUAGCAAGGCCAGACUUCCUAGAGCCUGCCUACUUCUGUGUCUUUCCUGACAGGCAUCUGGCUUCAGAGGUCUACCCUGAUGGGAGACGUGGGUCCCUUCAACAUUUAGUCCAGCAGGAUAGAAACCAAAGCCAUCCUUUGGAACCUGCUGCCGGGGAGAGCUGCAGCCCUGCCAAGAGAGCUGGAAGCACAGGAUCACUCAUGAACCUGCCUCCCAACUCAGGCCACUACAAGAAGAAAAUCUAUGGUCAUGGACCCGCCACCACCAGUCUUGAUAAUGAAAGAAGCCAGUCUCCAGAGAGAAGAGAUAACCACUCUUAUUAGCCUCAGUUGGGCGAAGAGAAUUUAUGUGUGUGUGUGUGCACAGCCUGAUCCUGUGUUUCUACCGUGGAUCCAGAAUUCCUAGAGGCAUCACUGUCCCUUUCUGUCCCUGCUGCUAAGAAACACCAAACCAGGCAAAGUUGCUGCUCUUUUACAUCAUGCUGUGGUUUUUCUUAGCAACUGUGCCUGAUGGUGGGAGUUUUCAAACAUAAGCAAAUACCCAGCUUACAAAAUGUGGAAUGCACAGAAACCUG